CUGCCAACCGGCAAGUUAUGACAUUUUCUGGAUUGGCGAGGAAAGUGUCACGUGUACUGCAACGGAUUAUUCCGACAACCAACAAAUGUGCAGCUUCAAUGUAACCGUCAUAGAUAACGAAAAGCCAGUUUUCUCGCGGUGCCCAAAUCCAUUGAUUAAAGACACUUCACCGGGAUUGGAUUAUACACUAGUCACGUGGGCAGACCCCAUAGCUAGUGAUAAUUCGGGCUUAGAUUCAAUUGACUGCUCACCGAUAAGUGGUAGCAAGUUUGUGAUUGGUGACCAGCUUGUCACGUGUACUGCUACAGAUGCAUACAGCAACCAGCAAGAAUGCAGCUUUACUGUCACUGUUAGAGAUAACGAAGACCCAGUUUUCUCAUCGUGCCCAACUUCGUUUAGUGUAGACACAUCACCAGGAUUGGACUCUACGCUAGUCACGUGGCCAGACCCUACAGCUACUGAUAAUUCGGGCGUUAUUCCAAGCAUUGACUGCCAACCAGCAAACAAUGGCACUUUCUUAAUUGGUGACCAAAGUGUCACGUGUACCGCCACGGAUGGUGCGGAGAAUCAACAGGAAUGCGGCUUCGUUGUUGCUGUCAUUGACAACGAAAACCCAGUUUUCGCUUUCUGCCCGUCUUCGUUUAGUAGAGACACCUCACCAGGGUUGGACUAUUCGUUGGUCAUGUGGUCAGACCCCAUAGCUAGUGAUAAUUCGGGCUUAGAUCCAACCAUUGACUGCCAACCUGCAAAUGGUAACGAUUUCAGGAUUGGAGACCAGCGUGUCUCGUGUGUGGCCAGUGAUGGCGCCGGGAACCAGCAAGAAUGCAGCUUCGUCGUGACUGUCAAUGACAAGGAGAAGCCAGUUUUCUCGUGGUGCCCGACUUCGUUUAGUAGAGGCGCAUCACCAGGACUGGACUGUACGCUAGUCACGUGGUCAGACCCCACAGCUAGUGAUAAUUCGGGCGUGAAUCCAAGCAUUGACUGCCAACCUACAAGUGGUGUCGAAUUUAGGGUUGGGGACCAGCUUGUCACGUGUACAGCUGCAGAUGGUGCCGGGAACCAGCAAGAAUGCAGCUUCACUGUAACUGUCAUAGCUUUAGAUUGGUGCACGGAUACCAUGUACGAAUAUUCAGGCGGGUAUCUGACCUUCCAAAAGACAAAAGUGACCGAAAACCAGACCUCAGUGGAGGAAUGUGUCACAAACAAAGAAACAGGUGAAAAGACGCCUGUAGCGUCACGACUAUGCGAUGGAAGCGCCCAAAUCAGCGCCUUCUGGCGCGAGCCUGUCAUCCAAGACUGCCGGGUGGACAGCGACGUCAUCAAUGAGCAACUCGAUGACUUGGCCGAAUAUCCUGUGACAGAAGAAAAUGUCGAUAAGAUUACCAAAGUCUUCCUAGGUCUGACAGACAGCCCGUCAUCUCUAGACAGUGACGGCGUGCAGGCAUCGGCUGAUAUACUGAAUAACAUUGUCCGCGUUGAAAACACAUCUCCGGAGAUCACUGAGCAGGUCGUGCACGCCGUCAACAACUUGCUUCAUGCUCCAGAGGACGCCUUCGACAAGACUACGGACUCGCCCUCUAACGUCGUACGAUGCAUGGAGCGGCAAGUAUCCCACACUCUUUCCCAGGGAGGCAACUUCAGCACCGUGACGUCUAGUCUUGCUGUCAAGGCGUUCAACUUGCCGCUGUCGACGCUGAGUGGCGGAGUGUCGUUUACCACAAUCUACAACCAGUCUGCAAACGGAGUCUUGACGGAAGACGCGAUUGUGACGCUCACUGACGGUGGCGACGUUCAAACUGAUGACAUUGAGACAAAGAUAUAUCUGCCCGGGGCACUAGUUGAUCUAUUGCCUUCAGCAGAGGGUGAUAAUGACCUCCCGCUCAGCUUCGUUGUUUACCAAAACAGCAACCUAUUUCGAUCUCAGAGUCUCCUUGAGGCAAAUGUGAAGUCCAAUCAGCGGUUGGUUGGUAGCAGGAUCGUCACGGCCUCCUUCGACGGGGUGAAAGUGGAGAAUCUCCCGUCUAACUCGUCCAUCAUGAGCACGUUCCGUAUCAUGGUAUCGGCAGGCAGUAAUACUGACCAGUAUACGAAAGAAUGUGUGUUUUGGGAUUUCACUUUGAAUAACGGCAGUGGUGACUGGUCGAAGGCAGGGUGCAAGACUGUUUCUACCGACUAUUAUGGAUUGACCUUAUGUAGUUGUAAUCAUCUCACCAGCUUCGCUGUACUCGUGGAUGUAUACGGUCAGACUCACACUAGUUCCACGCUGGAUAUCAUCAGCAAGAUCGGCUGUGGAAUUUCCAUAGUUGCACUUCUCAUCACGAUCACCGUUUAUCUUGCGAUCGAAUCGCUACGAGCAAAAACACCCAGCCGCAUCCUGAUCUGUCUGUGCCUGUCUCUUCUGUGUCUUUACCUGGUCUUCUUGGUUGGUAUUGAGCAGACGUCUUCGCAUCGUGGCUGCCAAGUCGUAGCCGUCUUGAUUCAUUACUUCACUCUGUCAUCGCUGGCAUGGAUGGCCGUAGAAGCCACCAAUCUCUAUCUGUAUUUGGUCAAGGUACUCAACAUCCAACGUCGACAUUUUGUGUUGAAGGCUUCAGUCAUAGCCUGGGGUGCUCCUUUACUGAUUGUCGUCAUAAUCUUGGGGUUUGACCCCACCCAAUACGAGAACACCAACUUUUGCUUCUUGAAGCGUGGCAACGCCUUCUACUACGGCCAACUCUUAGUCCUCGGACUUGUUCUGGCGUACAACACCGUCAUUUUCGUCCUGGUGAUGAUCAACUUGUACCGGCCAGGGAAGCUCCAAGGCUCGGCCCGCAGACGCCAGAAACUCAUGAUUCGAGCUCAAAAUGCCAUCGCCAUCUCCAACCUGAUGGGGCUGACCUGGAUCUUCGGGAUCCUGUCCGUCUUCGAGGCAGCCACCUUCGCCUUCCAGGUCCUGUUCUCCGUCUUCAGUUCGCUCCAGGGGCUUUUCAUCUUCUUGCUGUUCUGCUUGAGGCAGGAGGCCACUCGCGCGGUGCUGGGGAGGUGUCUUCAGAGGCGGGCACGCAGCGUGUUGGAGAUCAGCCUCUCGACUGGGAAGAAGUACGCACGACACGCCCCUUCAUCAUCAGACAGUGGGUUUAUUCAUCUGACAACCCGGAGCCAGACUAUGUCCACGUCCCCUGAAGAUGAUAUAGAACAUCCCUUCUCCGUUCCUGUGACUAACGGUGAAUGGUCUCUGCCUAAUGGACUCUGAAAAGAUUAUAGUGAAUCUGAAUAAUUGUCAUUAUUUGUAGAUGUUACCUCCAAUUGCAAGAAAUUCGGUGUUAGAUAAAUUUAUCUCAAUGCUGCCAUAUAGGAUGAUAAAUAAUAAUACAUAAUCAACUUGACAAUACAUGUACAUAGAUAUAUUUACAAUUGAUAUAGUAGUGAACAUUAACUAAAUGGCAACAUGUAGGUCCGGGGUGAAGCAUCAGCUUUUGUUCCCCAGCCUAUGGACAGACAGACAAGUGACAAACAUAUAUGAAAAGACAAAGCGCAGACACCGGUGUAAGACAGAAAUCACGGCCGUUAUUAUCCCUAUUACAUUACUUUAGUAUAUGUAAUUAAAAAAUAAGUUUUAAGUUUUCUAGCAAAGAUAGAGAGAGUGGGUGAUGAUUUAAAAGAUUCAUCCAGACUAUUUAAAUAUAGAGUGCCACGUAGGACA